CAAUACUUUUCGUUGGAAAUAAAGCUGAGUCUUACUCAUUGUUUCUAUUCUAUUAUAAACAUAAGUUACUCGGAGAUGUCUCAGUUUCGAAAAAGCUUAAGAGGUAGACAAGAAGAGCCAAGAGCAAAUGGUAAAUCCAAAAAUGUCCGAUUUUUAAUAAACAGCCACAUUUUACACUGCGGUCUUCGCUUUAACGAAACCAACUGUCACACCCACUACAUAGCGAAAGUCGCUAUAUUCUGUUUCAUUGUAACCUACAUGUUACAAGUAAUGGAGCUGUAUUGGUCCAAAGGUGACCAGGAGAAGUUAUUUGAAUGUUUCAGCAUCUUAUCAUUUUGUGGAAUGGGUGUCAUGAAGUUAGUCAUUCUUCGUGUAUACCACCAACGUUGGCGAUUCCUUUUAAACCAAGUAUCCAUUUUGGAAAACCGUCAUUUAGAUCCUGGACCAUUAAGCUACGAUUCAGACAAUGACAAUGACGAUAAUGAAAUAGUUACAUUUAUUACGAAAUACACGGAUAAGUUUAAGAGAACGUCUUCGAUUUUAAUAAAGAUGUACGCUUCGACUUUGGUAAUUUACGUUCUAUCGCCAUUCGUUGAAUACAUUUUUCGUCAAUUUCGUGGAGACUUGAAUAUUGGUAACCCCCACAUCUUACCUGCCUGGACACCGUUGGAUGAGUUUAGUGUCACUGGAUACCUGAUCAUGGUUUCGUUUGAAACAGUUGCAUGUAUUUACUGUGUAUUCGUACACGUGGCUUUUGAUUUGACUUGCGUGGGAUUAAUGAUAUUCGCUUGUGGUCAAUUUUAUUUACUCCGCUAUCGCAGCGAACGUAUCGGUGGAAAAGGGAGAAUAUGCAGACUUUUUAAAUCGACAGAGGUUCGAGCUCACUACAGAAUUGUGUUUUGUCAUGGCAUCCACGUUUUACUAGUGCAGCUAAUAGAAGAACUUGACAGGUUGAUAAAACAUAUCCUGGGUGUAUACUUUUUUUUGGCUACUCUGACUUUAUGUUCAGUGGCGGUUCGAUUGAAAACGGAGGAUAUGAGUAUUACACAGCUUGUAAACUUACUGCAAUAUAUGUGCGGUACCCUGACGCAAUUGUUUUUGUAUUGCAAAUACGGCGACUCGGUUUACAAUGAGAGUUCAGUGAAUAUGGGCGAAGGUCCGUUUGCCGCUGCCAUUUGGGUUCUCAGUCCCAAGAUUCGUCGAGAGCUUGUGAUAUUAGGAGCGGGAAUGAUGCGACCCCACCGCUUACAUGCUGGCCCCUUCAACUCUCUGGACUUGCCUUCUUUUAUACAGAUAGUACGAGCUGCUUACAGCGUAUAUGCUGUUUUCGGACAGAAAUAAUUAGCGACAAAAAAAUUAUACAUUAAAUUUCAAGUAAAAUGUAGUUCAUCAUUAGUUGUUUAGAAUAUUUUCGUAGAUUCUGGACUAAUAAAACACUAUUAAAAAUAUAUACACAAUAUAUUUGUU